AUGGCAAUAAAAGGAAAAUUUGGAAUCUUCGAGAGCAACUUAGAGACUUGGGACACAUAUUUGGAAAGAUUUGAUGUUUUCUGUACUGUUAAUGAUAUAGCAGAUGAUAAGAAAGCUGUGAAUUUAUUGAAUUAUAUGGGUGCUAAGACUUAUGGAUUAGCAAAGGGGUUGUUACAUCCUACAAAAGCUGCAAAUGCAACAUUUAAACAGAUAUCUGAUAAAUUAAAGGAACACUUGAAUCCAGCACCAUUGUUCUUAUCUGAGCGUUUUGCAUUUUAUAAAAGGGACCAGCAGUUAGAAGAAACUGUGGCACAAUUUAUGGCAGAGCUAAGAACAUUAGCUGUAUUUUGUAAAUUUGAUGAUUUUUUAAAUCAAGCAUUACGGGAUAGAUUUAUUUGUGGAUUGAAAAGUGAGACUCUAUUACAAAAACUGUUAGCUGAGGGUGAUAUAGAUUUGUCCAAAGCAUUUACAAUGGCUAUGUCAUUUGAGAAAGCCCAAGAGGGCGUGGCGGCCAUACAACAGAAGAGUCCAGAGUUUGAAACCCAUAAAUUAUUACCAAAGGCUGAGAGAUGUGUCCGGUGUGGAAAAACCACUCACCAUCAGAAAGAUUGCUGGUUUAAAGAUAAAAUAUGUAAUGGAUGUGGAAAAGUGGGUCACAUUGUACGGGCUUGUAGGUCAAAGAAGCCUGGUAGAAGUGAACACUAUAGAGCAAGGACAUUGGGGGCUGAGGCCAAGUUAGUCCAUGAAGUUAGGGAAAGUAGUGUAAGCAGCAGUUGUAGUGACUCAGACGUAGAAGCAAGAGAAGUAAGUUGCUUAAAGAUUAAAGCAGUGCAGAAUUCGACAGAACUGGAUACAAUGUGGGUAAUGUUGACCAUUUCAGGAGUUUCAUUGAAACUAGAACUGGAUACUGGUUCAGCGUUAACGGUGAUAAAUGAGAAGGAUUAUUAUAGGUAUUUUUCACAAGAACGGUUGCAGAAGACUAAUAUUGCUUUAAAAACUUAUACGGGUCAAAAGGUUAGGCCAAAAGGAAGGAUUGAGGUAUCAGCCAAGUACAAUGGUAUGACAGUGAGGAAUCUGUUUAUAUACGUGCUGAGGGAAGGCGGACGGCCAUUACUGGGUAGAGAGUGGGCUAGGAGACUGAAAUUUGAUUGGUCAACUAUUCACUCAUUAAAGCACAGGGAGCUGGGGUUAACAGGGCCCUUGCAAAGUAAAUUGGUUGAAGUAAAGCAUAGGGAGCGGGGGUUAAUAGGACCCUCAAAAAGUAAAUUGGCUGAAGUGUUGGCAACAGCUCCAGAGGUGUUUCAAUCAGGACUUGGCAAGUUGGUUGGUAUUCAAGCUACUAUAUCAAUUACUGAGGGGUCUGCCCCCAAGUUUUUUAAACCUCGACCAGUACCUUUUGCAAUUAGACCAGCAGUGGAAGCUGAAUUAGAUAACUUAGAGCAACAAGGAGUGCUCUCAAGGAUAGAUUGGAGUGAAUGGGCUACACCUAUUGUGCCGGUUAUGAAAAAGGCUUUGCCGGAUGGCCCGGGAUUAGCACAGAAAGUACGUAUUUGUGGUGAUUUUAAAGUUACAGUGAAUCCAGUGUUAAAAGCAGUACAAUAUCCAUUGCCAAAGAUUGAUGAGAUUUUUGCCUCAUUGGCAGGAGGGCAACAUUUUUCUAAAAUAGAUCUGGCACAAGCAUAUUUGCAGAUGGAGGUAGAGGAAGAUUCCAGACAUUACCUGACGAUUAAUACGCAUAAAGGCUUGUAUAGGUAUAAUAGGUUGGUUUUUGGGGUAGCUUCGGCGCCGGCUAUGUGGCAGAGAGCCAUGGAGCAGGUGCUGCAAGGUAUUCCAGGUACCCAAUGUUACUUGGAUGAUAUUUUGAUCACAGGUAGGACGGUGGAAGAACACCUCUCCAAUUUGGAACGGGUGUUGGGCAGGUUAAAACGUUAUGGCCUUAGGGCUAACAAGGCCAAGUGUGACUUCUUCAAGGAACAACUGGCGUAUUGUGGACAUUUGAUUGAUAGACAUGGGUUGCAUAAAUCACCAGACAAAAUUGCUGCGGUGGUAAAUGCGCCAGCUCCGGUGAAUGUGUCACAGUUACGCUCAUUUCUGGGACUGAUAAAUUACUAUCAUAAAUUUUUGCCAAACUUAUCUGCUAUCCUGUAUCCAUUAAAUGGAUUGUUAAAAUCAGGGGUGAAAUGGAAUUGGUCGUUGGAAUGUGUGAAGGCAUUUGCUGAUAGUAAGGCCUUGAUUACAUCAAGGAAGGUGCUUGCACAUUUUGAUCCAGCAAUACCAAUUAAGGUGGCUUGUGAUGCAUCUCCUUAUGGUAUAGGUGCAGUGCUUUCACAUCAGUUUCCAGGGGGUCAUGAACGACCAAUUGCUUUUGCAUCAAGGUCAUUGUCCACGGCUGAAAAGAAUUACGCCCAAAUUGAUAGGGAGGCUCUUAGCCUUGUAUGGGGUGUUAAAAAAUUUAAUCAUUACUUAUAUGGACAGAAAUUUACAUUGAUUACGGAUCAUCAGCCGUUGGUUUCGAUAUUUAAUCCAAAAAAGGGGGUGCCCUUGAUGACGGCACAGCGCUUGCAGAGAUGGGCCUUGUUUUUGGGUGCACAUCGUUAUGACAUCCAGUAUAGAGGCACAAAGUUGCAUGGGAAUGCAGAUAGUUUGUCAAGAUUGCCAUUACCGAUUGUAAGUGAUGUACCAAUGACUGAUGUGGCAGAAUUGUUUCAUAUGUCCAUUUGUGAAGUGUUGCCAGUGGAUAACAAACGUAUAGAGCGUGAGACAAGGAAUGAUAGGACUCUUUCAGGGGUAUAUGAUAUAACAGUACGAGGGUGGCCAGCGGAAGGAGAUUCUCGGUUUCCUCAAUAUUCAGCAAGAAGAGAACAAUUGUCUACGUGCAGGGGUACCGUGAUGUGUGGUUCUAGAGUGGUGAUCCCCCAAAAGUUACAGAAACAAAUCUUGGAGGAACUACACGUUGGUCAUCUAGGAUGCACUAGGAUGAAAAGUCUGGCUCGUGCAUAUGUAUGGUGGCCAGGUAUUGAUGGCCAGAUUGAGGAAUUGGCCAAAAAUUGUUCUGGCUGUCGGCUUGAGCAGAAGACACCUCCAUUGGCCCCUAUCCAUCCAUGGGAAUGGCCGUCUGGUCCAUGGAAACGGGUUCAUAUUGAUUAUGCAGGACCCUUUCAAGAGUCUAUGUUCCUGGUGGUAGUAGAUGCGCAUUCGAAAUGGCCAGAGGUUAUAAAGAUGUCCUCGACUACGUCUCAGAAGACGAUUGCGACGUUACGAACAAUUUUUGCAAGGUAUGGGUUGCCUGAACAAAUAUGUUCGGAUAACGGGCCUCAAUUUGUAUCUGAAGACUUUAAGAAGUUUCUGAAGACUAAUGGCAUUAAACACUAUACGUCGGCACCUUAUCAUCCGGCAACAAAUGGACUGGCGGAGCGUUUUGUACAGACCUUUAAGAAGGCGCUGAAAGCAAUGAAACAUGAGGAUCUGCCUAUGCAACAUAAAUUGGACAAUUUUUUGUUCAACUAUAGAAAUGCGGUUCAUGCUGUAACAGGUCAAUCACCUGCGAUGGUGUUUUUCAACAGACAGUUGGGUUCCAAAUUGGACUUAGUUCGUCCUGAUCUUAGAAGACAAGUGGAACGGAAAGUGUUCCAUUGUCCACCUCAACGUCUUACCAGGAGUUUCCAGGUUGGUGAAGCUGUACUUGCCCGCGAUUAUAGAAACCAGAAAUGGCAGCCGGGAGUUGUUGCGGAGGUACAAGGACCUCUAAUGUAUGCAGUCAACACGGCCGAUGGCCAGAUUCGCCGGCAUGUGGAUCAAAUCGUACAGUCUACUAUUGCUCCUCAUCUGGAACCUCGGUUAAGUGCUUCGGAUCAGCCAGUAUCAAUGGGGGGCCAAUGGUCGAAUAAGGAAUUGGAACCUAUUGUGCCUAUGUCUUGUUAUCCUGUUCUAGCUGCCAAAGAAGCACCUAUGCCUUCGUUGGAUAUUUCACCAGCUAAAGUAGCAGUACAGGUUCCUGACCAGGUGGUUGCAAUACCAAAACAGGUGUUCCCUAGCUCGGAAGUGCGGUGUUCGCCUGUAGAAUCUGGAUUAAGACGCUCAACCAGAAUAUCAAGGCCGCCACAGAGGUUGAUUGAUGAACUUUGA